ACUGUAGUCUCAUGUGUCCUCCCAAGGGCCACAAAAUUUGACAAGCUGUACUUUUUCUUGUGCUCAAUGAUUUCUGCUUUAAACCAAAGGACCACCUACAGUUUUACUAAGAAUGUUUUCUAAUUCGGAUACUGGAAAUUUACAAGAUUCUCUAAAGCACGGACUUACGCCUAUUGGUGCUGGGCUUCCAGACGGACACGGACCCCCUAUCCCCGUCCGCGGCCGCCCUGUCAUGCUGCCCAAAGUGGAGACCGAAGCCCUGGGACUGGCUCGAUCGCAUGGGGAACAGGGGCAGAUGCCGGAAAACAUGCAAGUGUCUCAGUUUAAAAUGGUGAAUUACUCCUAUGAUGAAGAUCUUGAAGAACUCUGUCCAGUGUGUGGGGAUAAAGUGUCUGGAUACCAUUACGGGCUCCUCACCUGUGAAAGCUGCAAGGGAUUUUUUAAGCGAACAGUCCAAAAUAAUAAAAGGUACACAUGCAUAGAAAACCAGAACUGCCAAAUUGAUAAAACACAAAGAAAGCGUUGUCCUUACUGUCGAUUUCAAAAAUGUCUAAGUGUUGGAAUGAAGCUAGAAGCGGUAAGGGCUGACCGAAUGCGCGGAGGAAGGAAUAAAUUUGGGCCAAUGUACAAGAGAGACAGGGCCCUAAAGCAACAGAAGAAAGCCCUCAUCCGAGCCAAUGGACUUAAGCUAGAAGCCAUGUCUCAGGUGAUCCAAGGAAUGCCCUCUGAGCUCACCAUCUCUUCUGCAAUUCAGAACAUGCAUUCUGCCUCUAAAGGCCUACCUCUGAACCACGCUGCCUUGCCUCCUACCGACUAUGACCGAAGUCCCUUCGUAACAUCCCCCAUCAGCAUGACAAUGCCCCCUCACGGCAGCCUGCAAGGUUACCAAACCUAUGGUCACUUUCCCAGCCGGGCCAUCAAGUCCGAGUACCCAGACCCCUACACCAGCUCACCAGAGUCGAUCUUGGGCUAUUCCUACAUGGAUAGUUACCAGACCAGCUCCCCGGCAAGCAUCCCACAUCUGAUAGUGGAACUUCUGAAGUGCGAGCCAGAUGAGCCUCAAGUCCAGGCCAAAAUCAUGGCCUAUUUGCAGCAAGAACAAGCUAACCGAAGCAAACAUGAAAAGCUGAGCACGUUUGGGCUUAUGUGCAAAAUGGCUGAUCAGACCCUUUUCUCCAUCGUUGAGUGGGCCAGGAGUAGUAUCUUCUUCAGAGAACUUAAGGUUGAUGACCAAAUGAAGCUGCUUCAGAAUUGCUGGAGUGAGCUCUUAAUUCUCGACCACAUUUACCGACAAGUGGUACACGGAAAGGAAGGAUCCAUCUUCCUGGUUACUGGGCAACAAGUGGACUAUUCCAUAAUCGCAUCCCAGGCCGGGGCCACCCUCAACAAUCUCAUGAGUCACGCACAGGACUUGGUGGCAAAGCUACGCUCUCUGCAGUUUGAUCAACGAGAGUUUGUGUGUCUGAAAUUCUUGGUGCUCUUUAGUUUAGAUGUCAAAAACCUUGAGAACUUCCAGCUGGUAGAAGGUGUCCAGGAACAAGUAAAUGCCGCCCUGCUGGACUAUACGAUGUGCAACUACCCACAGCAAACAGAGAAAUUCGGGCAGCUACUUCUUCGACUACCCGAAAUCCGGGCCAUCAGCAUGCAGGCUGAGGAAUAUCUCUACUACAAGCACCUGAACGGGGAUGUGCCCUACAAUAACCUCCUUAUUGAAAUGUUGCAUGCGAAAAGAGCUUAGGUUCCAGCCCCUGCUUUCAAAACAAAAAGAGAUUGGUGUGGGGGGAAAGACAGGAAGAAAGAAAAAAAAAAUACUCUGAACUGCUCCAAGCAACACUAAUUAAAAACUUGGUUUAAAGAUAUUGAGUUUAAAAAGGCAUAAUAAUCAAAUACUUACUAGCAAAUAAAUGAUGUAUCAGGGUAUUUGUAUUGCAAACUGUGAAUCAAAGGCUUCACAUCCCCAAAGGAUUCCAUAUAAAAGACAUGGUAACGGAGUGGAUUGAACUCCUGGAUGGAUACCAACACCAUAUUGGAAUAAAAACGGACGGAACAAUUCUUGUGUAGUUAAACUGAUCUCUGCUGUGAAGAAAUUUAGAAACUGAUCUGUGUUAUUAAUUAGACUUCUACAGCAGGGGAUUUGAGCUUAUGGAAUGCCUCCACGGUAAAGCUGAACUAAAACGACUCAAAAAAAAAAAAAAAAAAAAAAAUCCAUCGGCUGCGCCUGUAAUAGCCCUUCCCUCUUCCUUUCAAGGACCCAGCACCUUCUGUCCUGUGAUCACGGAAUCUGUCCUUAUGGACUUGUGCUCAGCCACACCCACUAGUAGCUCCACCAAAUCAUGAAAAGCCUAAUUUUGAAUGUCUGUGUCUUAGACCUGCAAACAGUUGAUAAGAACAGUCUGUAAUAUGUUAGCUUGCCAUUUUAAAUAUGUUCUGGGUUCUGUCAUGUGUUCAUGUUAAAAAAAAAAAGGGCAGUAUCCCUCUUCUGACCUUAUAUAAGCAUUAAUUAAUAUUAAGGGAAAGGACUACAAACUUAAAUGCUCCAUAGCUACAGCAAGCUAGACCUUAUUUCUGCUUCUGUUACUGAAAUGUGGCUUUGGCGUUGUCAGAUUUCAUGAAAAUUUCUUGCCAAAAGGCUUGUUAGGGUACAUCCAUCUUUUGAACCAUCAAAGUUUGUAGUUUGUUUGAAAAUAAAACCUGAAACAUAUUUUAAUCUGGGAUGUCAAAUAGUCACAGUGCUAAGUAGUUUAAAAUAAAACCGAAGCAUGUUAAGCUAUGCAAAAAGAAAGGAAAAGGUGAGCUUAUCAAUUGUCUCAAGUCUCCUGCUUGUUGCAGUUGAACACCCCCUUAACAUAGAAUGGCAACAGUGAUGCCUACAGAUGGACUGGAAAGAUACUAAAGCAAUCCCAAUCUUCCCCAAAAGGUGAAGGAAGAGAAUGAUACUGACCUUUCUGAGUCAUAGACCAAAGUCUGCUCUAGAACAAAUAUUGAAGGACAAAGACUUGCAAAACAAACUCUACCAACAACGACAGCAGUAUUAUUGACAUGUAAUGCCACAGGUAUGGAAGUCUUGCCUUAUUUCACAAUUCUGAGAGGUAGCUGUGCAGAUGUGGAUCAACAUUUGUUUAAAAUAAAGUAUUAAUACUCUCAAGUCAAAGAUAGUGUUUACAUUCUUUUAGGUCCUGUGGGGGAAGGGAGGGAAAACUGAU